CUGCGCGUUAUUGUCAGAUAGAACGCGGUGGCGUGAACAUCACAUCAAGUACCAACAACUAAUGAGAGCCAAGAACAGCGAUUAUUGAAAUAGAAAACUCUCCUCUCGUCUUUCGUCUCGUGUGUGCGAGUGUGCGAGUGUACGAGUUCGUGUGUGUGUGUGUGUGUUCUUUUGGGAUUUCCCGCGUUCUGUGACCAUACAAAAUAUUGGCACUCGGCCCAAGUUGGACAAUACGCUGCCACUGCCAAAUCGUCGAGCUAGACAACUGCCGGAAAUGCGAAAGUGAAAGCGGUCGCCCAUCGUGACACAAAAGAAAAGUAAUCAGACGUCCCAUAAUAUGUCUUCCACGCUCAAGUCGCAGCAACUGCCGCUGAGCAUUCCCAGCCACAGCGGCGGCAUGUACGUCAAGACCAUGGCACCAUCGAUGCCGGGCAAGGCAUUCGAGGAGAACACUUGCUACGGCGCCUUUAUGUCGCCCCCGCUGAGUGCCACAAUUGGAGGCGGAUCGUCCAAUCGGAACGACACUUUUCGGGCCCCACUCAAGGUGGAGGCUGCCGGCAGCGGCGGCUACAACAACUUCACCGGAGCUGAGCUGCAGUUUCCGGACUUUUCGCACCUUUGCUUUGCCGCGGAGACACCCAAUUCGGUGUUCAGCGACUGCCACAACUUUGUGGGGCAGGAUCAGGACUUUGACCAGGAUCAGGAUGAUAUUGUGUGCGCCUCGGCGGACCACACGGGCAUGCCGUACCAGCAGGGCCAGUACACACAGCUCAACCGGGAGGAUAUCUUCCGCUUCGAGCCGGAGGACAUUGCCCGACUGACCGGAGAGCCCGACUUCUCCGGAUUGAUGCAACCGCAGCCGCAGCCGACGCCCCACACGCCCUACACUCCCUACACGCCCUGCAGCGCCCAGUCCAGCCAGGUGCCGGUGGAUGCCGCGUCUUUGGCGGCCUCGCAGGCCGACUCCAUUAAUCUGGAUAUUGAUUAUUUUAAUUAUGACGAAAUUAAUUGCCAAUCGAAAAACCAAUCACCGUGCUCAUCACCGCACCUGGACGCCUGGUUGAAUUUCAAUCUCGGCGAGAUGCCAGUCACUGCCACAGCCACGUGCGCGGCAGGCGCCGCCACAUCAUCGCCCAAACUGUGCAACAUGUACGAUGGCCUCCUGCUGCAGCAGCAACACAUCAAGCUGGAGCAGGAGCAGGAGCAGGGGCAGGAGCAGGAGCCCUCGCCCACCAAGCUGCCAUCGAUGAGCUCCACAUUCGGGACACCCAAAUGCAUUCCCAUGUGCGCCAGCAAUUACGAUGAUUACUCGAAUCUCUACUCCGGCCCGGGGGCGGCACAGUACGCGGCCGAAAAUUAUCAAAAUAAUAUGUCGCACGCCAUCGAGAAGCCAAACCGUGAACACAAAAUCAUCUGGACCAUUGACGAGCUCGACGAACUGAUGCUGGGCGACGGCAAUCAGCAGUCGCCGCAAUGCCAAAGUACCAAAUCCGAUAUGGCUAAUUACUUUGCCGAUGAGUUGAUCAAAACUGAGUCAGCCAUGGGUGUGGGCAUGGGCAUGGACAGCGAGGAUGAUGACAAUGAGAAUGAGAAUGAGAAUGAGGAGGACACCGGGACCCUCGAUGAGCUCGACAACGAGGUGUUCGCCCAGCCGUCGGACUGCGAGAUCAAGCCGGAGAGCUGCUGCGAUGCGGAGGCAGAGGCUGAGGCCGAGGCUGAGGCCGAGGCGGAGGCGGAACCGCUGCCACUCAUCUGUCGCUGGACCGGCUGCAAUGUGGAGUUCCCCCACCAGCAAGCCUUCGUGGAGCAUAUCGAGAAGUGUCACGUGGAUGUGCGCAAGGGCGAGGAUUUCUCCUGCUUCUGGCUGGACUGUCCCCGUCGCUACAAGCCGUUCAAUGCCCGCUACAAAUUGCUCAUUCACAUGCGUGUCCACAGCGGCGAGAAGCCGAAUAAAUGUCCGUUUCCCGGCUGCAAUAAAGCAUUCUCGCGUUUGGAAAAUUUGAAAAUUCAUCAACGCUCGCACACGGGCGAACGGCCUUAUGGCUGUCAGUAUAAAGGUUGCCUCAAAGCGUUCAGCAAUAGUUCGGAUCGGGCGAAACAUCAAAGGACCCACUACGACACGAAACCGUAUGCCUGCCAGCUGCCUGGAUGCACCAAGCGCUACACGGAUCCCUCCAGCCUGCGCAAACAUGUCAAGAAUCACGCGCUGCGCAAUGCCAAUGGACAGCUGGUGCGCCGCAAAUCUGCCGGCGGCUUCGGCGGCGGUGGUGGUGGUGGUGGCCCAUCGAAUGCCUGCAGCAAGAAGGCGGCCAAAACACGCCGUCACUCGGAAUCCGCACUGGCCCAAGCCCAGGCCCAGGCCCAGGCUCUGUGCGGUGGUGCGCCCUUAGGUGCGACGACAGGUGCGGCGACAGGUGAGCAGCAGCAGCAGCAGCAACGGCAGCAACGCAGCAAUAGUUGCAGCGAUUCGAUGCUUCACUUUGAGACUGGGCCAACGACUGCGGACAGGACAAACCGCAAUGGCUGCGGCAAUGUUGCAGCUAAUAACAAUUCAAUGAACUUUAAUGAGUUGUCAAAUUGCAUUGUCAUCAUUGAGCACAAUCAGAAUGAGGCAACAACAGGAGCAGGAGCAGGAGCAGGAGCAACCACAGCAGUACAGACAUCAGCAUCAGCAACGGCAGCAACAACAUAUGGCAACAUGGCGCCCGCAACGGAAACGGAUGCGCUGAGCGUUUGCAGCAGCAACAGCAACAAUUACCAUGAAAAUAUUAAUCAAUUAAGCGAGCUCGAACAACUGCUGACAUCAACGAAUGGACGCAGUCCCAGCCCCAGCACCAGCACCCGCACCAGCACCAGUCCCAAUCCCAGUCCGUUAAGGGACACUGCGAAGCCGGCAGUUGCCUCAGCCGCUAAUGGGAUUAGCAGUGUGGCUGCCACACAGGGGGGCAGGGCCAGCAAAUGCCAUUUGAGCGAGUUUGUGUCGUUCGAGUACGUGACAAAGUACAUCGCGGACUCCUACACGGAUCCAGCAACAUGCAAGAGCCCCGCAGUUCAUUUACAUUUACAAUCAGAGUUUGACAAUAAUUUCGAUAUGCUGGACUUUCAGGAGUUCAUCUAAGGUUCGAAAUUAGGAUUCAUACUAGUUCUAGCUAGCGUCCACCAAAAGUCAGCAAUUCUAUGUCCAAAGAUCUCAGAAAGAGACCCCUACCAUGACUUGUAUAUAGCACAUCCCUUAGCCCAUAGUUUAGUCCAUAAGAAAUGUUCCCAGACAUCAUCCGUUGGUUCCAGUGAUUAGCAGCGUCUUCCUUCACCCUCCUCCGCAGUGGCCGUGAGAGCGGUGAAUCCUCAAUUUAGUUUUACUCUUUACAUUAAGCACCCCCGCCCGAGAAGUGCUCUGUUAAGGAUUCUCUUGACGGGAAAAACAACAACGAUGUGCCACAUUAAUCAAAUUAAUUUCCAUGAUUUUUUCUUACGCAACUUGUUUGCAUAUGUAAUUAUAUUAAAAUAUGCAUAUUAA